GCAACAACUCAGAACAAACUACGUCGUUUUUCAUAUCUCGCCCCUGUAUCCUCUCCACUAGUCAAAAUAUCUUUCUGCAUUUUCAAUUUCCUUUGAACUGCUAAGCGAGGGAGAGCAAGAUCUUCCCUACUCCAGCCAUGGAAAACCCUAAGGUUCAAGAGAUUAUAGAGAAGCAAGUACUUACUGUAGCGAAGGCCGUGGAGGACAAGCUGGAUGAAGAGAUCGCGGCACUUGAGCGUCUUGACAUCGACGAUCUGGAAGUGCUGAGAGAAAGACGCAUACUGCAGAUGAAAAAAAUGGCGGAGAAGCGCAGCCGUUGGAUCUCCCUCGGCCAUGGCGAGUACUCUGAGAUCCCCUCAGAGAAGGACUUCUUCUCUGCUGUUAAAGCCAGCGACCGUGUCGUUUGCCAUUUUUAUCGCGAGAACUGGCCCUGCAAGGUGAUGGACAAGCAUUUGAGCAUAUUAGCAAAGCAACACAUAGAGACACGUUUUGUGAAAAUUCAUGCUGAGAAAAGUCCAUUUUUGGCUGAGCGUCUCAAGAUUGUUGUUCUUCCAACACUUGCCCUUAUAAAGAAUGCCAAAGUGGAUGAUUAUGUGGUGGGGUUUGAUGAACUUGGUGGGACAGAUGAGUUUAGCACAGAAGAUUUAGAGGAAAGGUUGGCCAAAGCUCAAGUCAUCUUUUUUGAGGGUGAAUCAUCACUUAAUCCCUCAAAAUCUAGCACGCAAACCAGGAGAAGUGUUAGGCAAAGUGAAAGCCAUGACUCAUCAGAUUCAGACUGAAAUCUGUUAUGCCUGAUGGCAAUGAUUGUUGUCUGUAGAUUUGUUGGUCAAUAGAAAGAUCUGUUGCUGUUACAUUUGAUGUGGGAAAGUAUUUUAUAUUGGGUGGCAAUUUUAUUUCAGGUGAUUCUCGAGUUUUGUUGUUA